GUGACAUCUCUUAACUGAGCAACAAUCUGCUAGAAAUUUUGUCACUCUGAUUUCAUACAGAGGCUUAAGUUACUGGGUUUCGUGAGACCGACUAAGACCGCGUAGCCUGUAUCACCGAUCCACAUGGUUUUGUAAUUACGAAUUAAUUCGUGAUAAUCUUUGCCUUCUUGAAUAUAUGAUCAACUCUUGGAAUUUAAACCACCACAUACGUAAAGAAAUUUGUCGAUAGAACGUAAAGAUGGUGGAUUCGACAAGCUUGUUUAUUGAGACGAAUACUGAUUGUAAUGCUGUAGGAUCAGCGACAUGGGAUUUUGCUGGACAUCAUGUAGUUUUUUCCAUAUACGGCCCAGAUGAAGCUAAGAUCCAUGACGAACUUACUCAUCGUGCAUAUGUUGACGUCACAGUUACACCUCGUACUGGACAACGAACAUCAAAGGAAUCAGAGCUUGAAGUUUACCUUAACAAUCUUUUGGAACGUCUGAUUGAUGUGAAGGAGUUCCCACGAUCUAAGUUUACUGGACGUUUGUUUAUUGUCACUGGUGGCACUAAUCAUCCUAGAACAGUGGCUGCAGCCAUAAACGCAAUUUCAUUAGCUCUUCUUUUGUCUGGUUUACCACUACGGGCAACAAUUGCAUCAGUAUGUCAUACAAUCCAAAAUGCUUUAAUCACAUUUGCAAUAGAUGUAACUCAUCCAAAGCUUUAUACUAAAAAAUAUGGUUCUAAUGAACCUAGUAUAUUUGCUAUCUAUACUGGUCAAACACAUUCUGAAAUUGACAAAACUAAUGGAUCAUCUUUACAUAUCUCAAUUCAAAAUUUUCUUGAUAUGAUCAAAUUACCAGAAUCCAAUGACAAUAAUAUAAAUACCACAGAGAAUACAAAACAUGAAAGUAUUUAUGAACAAGCUUUAAAUUUACUUGAUGCAAUGGUAUCACAAAUUGUUUCUAAUGUACAUUCAUAGUGAAUAUUACAUUCUCUAUGAAUCAACUAUACAAUGUAUUUGUAAAUAUACUGUCUACUGUAACUAA